AUGGAAAGAAAUCUCCAGAACCCUCUCGGCGACAACGUUACUUACAGGGCCAAACAUCCGAGCAGGCUCCGAUGUAGGAAUGCUAGGUUGGGGUAUGGUUGGAAUGGAGACCCGGCAACGAGACCUAACAAAAGCCCGGGCCGGGAGUGGAAAACCGAGUGUGGAUACGGGGGGGAACAGACAACUCCAGUGGGAUCUGACGACUCGAAAGGCGGGUCUCCACUGCAGUCAACCGCUCGAAUGAUCAGCAGUCGUUCGCGAUUGUCGUCGCCAAUCAAAGCCGACAUCGCUGUUCCAUUUGGCAAAUUUUGCCUUCCCCGGUGUGGAAGCAAACCUGAUGCUGUCUGCUGGACAGAAGAACGAACAAGAACAAUCGAAAGGAAAAAGCAAGUUACGUAUGUAGGUGGAACCUUCCAAGUGCUGGCUAAACCCUACGAAGUUUCUACAACAUUGGCGGGGAAUGGCGGCCAGGGUUGUUCUGCGAAUAGUACUCCAAUCAAACCCAUGCUUAGAGCCAUGCCUCGUGCCCCUUGUAGGACUGUGCUCAUGGAGGGGAGGGGCGACGGUACACUCUCCGGCUGGUGGACAGGCAGAAUCCUAUCAUGGAGAUACGGGCGCGCAGCUGAGCGACUCAGCUUCGCAAGACUACUGACCACCUAUGCCAUACGUAUCGGUGACCUCGCGUGCGUGCGCGAUACACAUUCCAAUGCUCCCCAGAUUUAA